AGAUACAGUUUUCACUAAUCUGUGGUGCUAAUAAGAAUGAAAAAGAAAAACAGAGUUCGCAGUCGCAGUGUUUCUUAUUUUUAUUCUUGAUAAAUUAGAAUAUUUUGUAUUAUCUUAAUUUGUUGUAGAUAUCUAAGUUUUAUAAAAGAAUAACUCAUGUUUGUUAUAUCGAAAACGUAGCAAGAAAAACAUGGGCUUUGAAAUAAAAAGGUUUCAAGGUGACGUUGACGAAGAACUCAUUUGCCCUAUUUGUUCAGGAGUUCUUGAGGAUCCAUUACAAGCUCCAGCUUGCGAGCACGCUUUCUGUCGAGCCUGUAUCACUGAAUGGAUAAGUCGACAGCCUACUUGCCCCGUGGAUCGUCAGGCCGUCACAUCGAGCCAACUAAGGCCAGUCCCGAGAAUACUUCGCAAUCUCCUUUCCAGACUGUGCACAAGUUGUGAUAAUGCUCCACAUGGUUGCAAUGCUGUCUUGAAAUUGGACUCUCUGCCCUCCCAUUUAGUAGAAUGCGAAUAUAAUCCAAAGAGGCCCAUGCCCUGUGAAGCUGGUUGCGGCCUCGUAAUACCUAAAGAUGAGCUUGCAGAACAUAACUGUGUCCGUGAACUGCGAGCUUUGAUAGCUACCCAGCAGGGGAAGCUCACAGAGUACCAACAGGAAUUAGCUGAACAGAGGCUUGUCAUCAAUGAACACAAAAGAGAAUUAGCAUUAUUAAAAGAAUUCAUGCGAGCGAUGCGCUUAUCAAACCCGACGAUGCGAGCGCUGGCCGACCAAAUGGAACGUGAGGAGGUAGUGCGUUGGGCGAACUCGCUAGCGCGGGCGAGGGUCACGCGAUGGGGCGGCAUGAUCUCCACUCCCGACGACGUCCUGCAGGUGCAGAUGAUGAUCAAGCGAAGCUUAUCAGAAUCAGGCUGUCCACCACACAUUAUAGACGACCUCAUGGAAAACUGCCACGAACGGAGGUGGCCGCCUGGACUGUCAUCACUUGAAACUAGACAAAACAAUAGAAGGUUAUAUGAAAAGUAUGUUUGCAAGAGAGUGCCAGGCAAACAAGCCGUUCUCGUACUACAGUGUGAUAACACACAUGUAGAUGAACACAUGAUGGUAGAGCCCGGACUGGUGAUGAUCUUCGCGCACGGCAUUGAAUAGCACAUAUGAUCACAACAACACACUGUGGAACAUUUAGAAAUGAAAUUGUGCCAGUCGCGUCUUUUAAAACUAGCAACUAACGAAUUAAUGUCGCUGAGCAUCAGUUAAGUGUUAUAUUUCCAUGAAGAAUGUCUUCUCUGAUCAUAAAGACCAAUGAUUUUGUAUAAUUGUUUAUGAUUGUUUGAUACAAGUGUUGAUAAAGUAUUUUUAAGUGUGAAACAUAUUUGUUUAUAGUAUUAUUUUGUAUUCAAAUUGGAGUGCUAAACAUUCCGCAACUAUUUUAAAAAAUG